AUGUCUCAAGCGAAUGCUCUCAAGUCAGGCGGCUCAAACAAAUGGAAAGAGACCCUGAGGCCAAGGUUGAGGUUAAAACUCCCUCAUUUUGACAACUCGGAGCUGAUCAAGGGCUACUCUACAACCUUGAUUGGCAGGUGUAUGAAUCCACAGAAGCAGGAUGUGAAGUCUCUAAUCUUCAUCUUCCCUCGCAUAUGGAAUAUGGAGAAUCGGGUGACUGGAGCUGACUUGGAUCUUGGACGGUUCCAAUUCGACUUCGACGAGGAGGAGGAUAUCAUCGAAGUGCUGAAGAUGGAACCUUUCCAUUUCGAUUCCUGGAUGGUGUCGCUGGUCAGGUGGCAGACGGAGUUUGAUCCUUUAUACCCAUCAGAGAUAACAUUCUGGGUUAGAGGUUUGGACCUCCCACUUCAAGUCUGGGCAGAACUAACACUGCACACCGUUGGCAAUGGUUCAGGCGAAGUGAAAGCCGUUGAUAUCGAUGGUGGUCAGGUUCAAGUUGGGGUAAACGGGAUUAAGCCUCUCCACUUUGAAACAACGCUUGAGAUUCAAGGAGAGCAGUGUCCUCUCCUCUAUUCACACCGAGUAGAACGAGACCGGAUCAGAAGGAGGGAAGUGAAAACUGAAUCAAGGGCGUUAAGCUACAAAGGAGUGGUCAAAAGCUCUGCUAGUGACGCAGGGAGAUUCAAACAUGAGGAGAGAAGGGCUGACUAUAAAGGUACAGGCAAGAUGGUGGAGUCCAGAGACGAACAAGGCCAGAGGCAGACUGAGAAUCGGGGAUGA